AUGUCAAAGCAUAUCCCGAAUAUUCUUUUAUUGGAUGGCGCUAUGGGGACUGUACUCGAAGAGCCGCCAUAUGGUUUUACCUUUUCUGCCCAGACUCCAUUGUGGUCGUCGCAUCUACUCCUAUCCCAUCCCACCACGUUAAGCGAGAUACAUCGGUCCUAUGUGGAUGCUGGGGCAGAUAUUGUCCUUACGGCAACUUAUCAAGCCAGCUUUGAAGGAUUCGCUAGGACGGCGAUUGUCCCCGCUAAUGUACCUGCCGACCAUAAACAGGAUGAAAGGGAUGGCCACGCUACGUAUAGACCAAUGGAUGCAACUCGGUACAUGCGUUCAGCAAUACCUCUUGCUUAUUCCUCCUUCAACUUUUCUUCAAAACCUCCACGCGUGGCUUUGUCUCUGGGACCGUAUGGAGCGACCAUGUGCCCUGUUUCUGCGGAGUACACAGGAAUAUACCCAGAGGAGAUGAGCAACACGGCGGCAUUGGAAGCAUGGCACGCAAAUCGCCUUAAGGUAUAUAUGGAAGACCCCGAGACAUGGAGAAAGAUUGAAUUUUUGGGCUUCGAAACUGUGCGGCGGUGGGAUGAAGUUCUUGCCAUCCGUGGUGCGAUGGGCAAAUUAUUGCAGAUUGCUGAAUCGGGACAGUCAAGGAAAUGGUGGAUUACUGGUGUUUUCCCCCAGGAAGAUAUCGAUGAGGAGGAUGUCAGGCGCUGGACAUCCGCCGCCUUUGGUUCAACAAGCGAAAACGGACUCCGUCCGUGGGGAAUUGGUGUUAACUGCACACGCCUGGAGAAUGUUGAACGUAUUGUCGACAUAAUGGAAGAUGAGUUAGGACGGGAAAAACUGACCAAUAACGGGGAACGUGCGAGUGUUGGGAGUUCUUGGUCUUCUCGGCCGUGGUUAGUUUUAUAUCCCGAUGGAACCCAAGGGGAAAUCUAUGAUUCUACGUUGAAGACCUGGGUCAAAAAGGAUGAGGAGGAAAUAACAGAGUCUUGGCCUGAACGCUGUUGGAGGAUUGUCAAUCACAUUUGGAACCGGAACGCUUGGAAUGGAAUAUUAGUAGGAGGGUGUUGCCGCACUCGGGUGCAUGAUAUCCGAGCAUUACGGGACAGAAUAGACUCGGCGUGGAGUGGGAGCUAA